GCGCUGCCGGAUCUGUAUAUAUUUACCAUUGAAUGGGUUUUCGUGAUUAUCAGUCCAGCAAGCAAACACACCUUCUACCACAGACUUCUGAUAACAAAAAGUGUUGAAAUCCAAUCUGCUGACUUAUUUCACCCAUACAGUUGGGUUCUUUAAUACCAUUGUCUCAGUAUUUUAAAAGUGUCUUGUAAAAAAAAAUCUUGAAAGCAAUGACAGAUCAUUCGGGAAAUUCAUUGCCGUCAUCGGUUUCUCGAAAGCCAUCAAAUAGCGCUUUCAAGCAGCAGCGAUUACCAGCUUGGCAGCCCAUUCUCACUGCCGGAACAGUAUUGCCCACUUUCUUCAUAAUUGGAGUUGCUUUCAUUCCAAUUGGAAUCGGUUUACUGCACUUUUCCAACAAUGUGAAAGAGUUUGUCUAUGAUUACACCGACUGCAUCAGCCAAGAGAAUUCUUCCUUGUCAUGUGCAAACAUUUUGGAAACGAACAUAACCAAAGCUUGUACUUGUGUCCUACCUGUCAAUUUGACGGACAUAUUUGAAGGUGAUGUGUACAUCUACUAUGGCCUAAGUAACUUUUACCAAAACCAUCGUCGAUAUGUCAAAUCGAGAGACGACCAUCAAUUGCUGGGAACACUUGGUCCCGUCUCCAAUGAAUGUGAUCCCUUUGCCCGUUAUCCUGAUCCGAACAACCCGUCAAUCAUCAAGCAAGUUGUGCCCUGUGGUGCCAUAGCCAACUCAAUUUUCAACGAUACCCUGACGCUAAAGAGGGAAGAUGGUAAUCCUGUUCCUGUUCUUAACACUGGGAUCGCUUGGCCUUCUGACAAGCAAAUGAAAUUUAGGAACCCACCCAACAGCCAAACCAAUCUAAGUGAAGUUUACAAGGAUUAUGUCAAGCCACAAAACUGGAGAAAGAACAUUUGGGAGCUGGACCCCAUCAAUCCUGAAAACAAUGGUUUACAAAACGAAGAUUUGAUUGUUUGGAUGAGGACUGCCGCUUUGCCGACCUUUCGCAAGUUGUACCGUCGCCUAAACCGUACUGCUGAAGGCUACAAUUCGGGACUGAAAGCCGGGAACUAUAUUCUAAACGUGGAAUACAAUUACCCGGUGAAAUCGUUCGCCGGCAGUAAGCGGAUCAUUAUUUCUACAACUUCGUUGCUCGGUAGCAAAAAUCCUUUCCUCGGCAUCGGUUACAUCGUUGUGGGCUGCAUCGUUCUUCUCCUAGGCAUAGUGUUCCUAAUAAUCCAUAUUAAAUAUGGCAAAAGCAACAGUGAAAUGACGAACGUGACUCCUCGUUCUCCUUACCAGUAAAAAACCUGCGUCUGAACAAAAUUCUCUUGGUCGGCUAUCUGCCUGAGAUGGGAACUAAAACCUGGGCGUCCGUGGGUUUACGGCGUUUUCCCCUCUAGUCUCGAUUUCCUUUUGGCUGAAUGUAAACCAUUUUCUAUGUACACUUUUAUUCUAUAGCUGUAACGUACAUCUUUACAAAUUAUUCACCUAUACAAAACACUGAGCAACUUCGUCGGUCAUAAUCUACAUCCAUUAAUGGAUUGAGGCAUCAUAGGUUCCGCGCAUCUUAACUUGCACGUGGUUUUUCAUUGGUUUCCGUCUCUGUAUUUAUGUAUCUUUAAUAAAAUAUUGGAAUUUCA